CCCAGAGGGAGGGGAAACAAGAAGUGUUCCUUCCUGAGCUACUGAAGGGAUCCUGCGAUUAAAUGCAGACACAGUCGUGGACUGAGUAUUGAACCCAGGGCAGGUCUGAACACCAGCAAUUGGACUAACCCACUCUCAUGUUUUGCAGGGUCAGGCUUGUCAGUCGCUUAUCUACGUGGAGCCCUGGCACCAAUCACAAGCUGUGGAAGCUGGGCUGCUUCCUGCCUCAGUGCCCAAAGUUGAGCUGUAGAGGAACCAAGAUGUCUGCAGGUCAGAGUCAGAAAGCUGAGACCUGGGACAAAUGCACCUUACUAGAGCUGAAGGUGCCCUUUGCCAGGACUGAAAUUGGGACCUUUUUCCAAGAGCAACCCAGGAUUGGAAACCAGUACCUAGAAGAUGCUUUUCUUCAGCGUUACUUGAAAACACACCUGCCAUUCCAGGUGCUGGAGAAGGUGAGUCUGGAUCUGGAGAGGUUUGGGGCCCGUGUGGCGGCCGAGAUUGACUCUCUGGGGCGUGAGUGCGAGUUGAAUCCUCCUGCACUGCAGCACUAUGAUGCUUGGGGGCGGCGUGUGGACCACAUUGUCACUUGCCCAGCCUGGAAGAGGAUGAAGGAGAUUGCAGCGGAGGAGGGGCUGAUCGCUGAGGCCUACGAGAGGAAAUACUCCAUCUGGAGCCGUGUGCAACAGGUUGCCAAGCUGUACCUAUAUGCACCUUCUGCUGGCCUCUUCACCUGCCCGCUGGCCAUGACUGAUGGAGCAGCUAAAGUCAUUGAGUCUCUGGGUAUUUCCGGGCCCCUAGCGAAAGCUUUUGGCCACCUGACAUCACGCGACCCCAAGAAGUUCUGGACCUCUGGCCAGUGGAUGACGGAACGCAAAGGAGGCUCUGAUGUUGCUAGUGGCACAGAGUCAGUGGCCAGAGAGCAGCCAGAUGGCACAUAUUGCCUCUACGGCUUUAAAUGGUUUACAUCAGCCACUGAUUCAGACAUGACGCUGACCCUGGCAAGGAUCAUGGAUGCUCAGGGACGUGUAGAACAGGGCUCCAGAGGCCUGUCCCUGUUCUUCUUGGAGGUGCGAGAUAAGGAGGGGAAGCUGAAUGGCAUUGAGGUGCAAAGGCUGAAGGAGAAGCUGGGGACAAGGCAGGUGCCGACAGCUGAGCUGCUGCUGGAUGGAUCCAAGGCACAUCGGAUCUCUGCAGAGGGUCGGGGUGUGGCCUCCAUUGCCAACAUGUUGACCAUAACUAGGAUCCACAAUGUCAUCUCUGCAGUGGCUGGCAUGAGGAGGAUGAUUAACCUGGCCAGAGAGUAUGCCAGCAAGCGUGUCGUCUUUGGGAAGCUCAUCAAGGACCAUCCCUUGCACAUGCAAACCAUGGCCCGGCUGGAGGUGGAAACUCGAGGGGCCUUUCUCAUGCUCAUGGAGAUAGCCAGGCUGCUGGGAUUAGAGGAGACCAAGAUGGCCAGUGAGCAGGACCUGCAUCUUCUCAGGCUGCUGACGCCAGUUGCUAAGCUCUACACUGGGAAACAGGCGAUUGCUGUUAUUUCUGAGGGACUGGAGUGUUUUGGAGGGCAGGGCUACAUGGAAGACACUGGCUUGCCAGUCGCACUGCGAGAUGCCCAGGUGCUGACCAUCUGGGAGGGAACAACAAAUAUCCUCUCACUUGACGUGCUGCGCUCUCUCACCAAAAGCCAAGGCCAGGUUCUAGAUGCAUUCUGCUCUGGAGUGCAGGGGAAGCUGGAGCUGGCUUCCAGCAUUUCAGAACUGGAAUCUUCUGUGCAGCUACUCCAGGAUGCUCUCCACAGGCUUGGCCAGUUCACUCAAAGAGUUGGCUCAAAGGGGGCAGUUGCGAUGGAGUUAGCAGCAAGAGACUUUGCCUACACUCUGGCAAGGAUCUACACAGGGGCUCUCUUACUCGAACACGCAGCCCAGCCUGAUGCCACCUCCACAGACACUUACACAGCUCAGAGGUGGUGCAAACAGGAUCUCUGCCCCGUAGACCCAGAAGAAAAAGCUGGCUGUUAUGAUGACAAGGCAGCUUCCAUGGAUACCUACUUGGUUUAUGAGGGAAGCCCAGUUUUGAAAGGAAAGCUAUGACUUAACUGAAGCUAACUGAGAAAAUCCAUACCUCACUUUGGAAGAGAAAUUGGAUUAUAAUCCUGGUGCGUCCAGUACAAAUUGCAUUUGCUUAUAGUGUGCUUAAUAUUUAGGGUUAGGCUAAACAAAUGGGCUAUGACCAUCUAAGUAUCACCAAUAGCCUCUUUGGGCUUGUCUAUACUUACCGCGCUGGUUCGGCGGCAGGCAAUCGAACUUCUGGGUUCGAUUUAUCGCGUCUAGUCUGGACGCGAUAAAUCGAACUCAGAAGUGCUCCCGGUCAACUCCGGUAAUCCUGCUCGCCGCGAGGAGUACGCGGAGUCGACGGGGGAGCCUGCCUGCCGGGUCUGGACGGGGGUAAGUUCGAACUAAGGUAUGUCGACUUCAGCUACGUUAUUCACGUAGCUGAAGUUGCGUACCUUAGUUCGAUUUGGGGGUUUAGUGUAGACCAAGCCUUUCAGGAGGUGUUGAAAAGAAACAUGCUUAGAAUGUUUUAGGGAAACACCUGGUGGUCAAAUGCAGAUAAUGAAUUGAAUAAGAAGACUCUGACGUGCUAAUGAGUAUUCUUUUCAACACUGAGACAAGGAAACAACCAAAGCUACAUCUGAAGCCUGGUCUAAAACACAGAUGUUGCAGAAGUUUAUAAAAUUGUUUUUUAGCUUUGCAACACCACUUCCCUACCCCCUCUCUCUGAGCCCACACCCUACAUCUGCAAUGCUGCCUCCAGCAGCUUUGUGUCAGUGGAGAGUUCCCCUCCACAAGGGCAUUCUCCACUGGCCUCUUUAGCUACAAGCAUCUGGUUCCAAGGCUGUAGUAUAAGUUGAGAACAUAAGUUCCAUCUACACUGUGAUGUAACCAGGUUUCUCAACCAGGGCUAGCUCUGGCUUUUUUGCUGCCCUCAGCAAAAAAGCCUCCCGCCCCCACAGCGGGGAGCGCGCCGGGGGGAGGGUGGCGAGCCCGGCCGCGGCCCCGCUCUCCCCAACCGGCCAGAGCGCCGGGGGGAGGGCGGCGAGCCCGGCCGCGGUCCCGCUCUCCCCGGGUGAGCGCCGCCCCCCUCCAGGUGCCGCCCCAAGCACAUGCUUGGAGGGCUGGUGCCUGGGGCCGGCCCUGUUCUCAACUCAGCAGUUGCUAAGUGCAAUAGGUCCUAGCUGCAGCUGGGUAGGACAAAGAACCAUAUCAUACAUUAAGAUGAAAACUGUAUCUUAUCCUGUAACUAAACCUAUAACCAAGCUAGCUAACCAUUGUGUAGUAUUUCGGCUAGCGGUGCUUGUGAUUUUCUCUUUAAUUUCUUCCUUGUUACAAAUUUUUGCUUUAACUUAAGAUACUUGGACUUGAACAUGGAGACUCUAAGCUGGGGGCCUCUUGUUGGAGGCCCUGGAAAAUAGGACACUGACCUCUGAGGAAGCUGAGUCUGGAGCAGAUGUAAUGGUUUGAGCACCUGGCCAGAAGAAUAAAGACGAGAUCCUCUUUCCCAGGCAGAGAUGGGUCAGCAUGGUUAUAGGGGGGUGCUUGGUAGAGUUCCAGUUACCCUAGGGAUGGGUCUGAAAGAAAUGGUUACAUUUGAUUAGUGUACACAAGGAAUUGUUAAAUAGAAACUUGAUGUUAUUGAGUCAUGCAUGUCACAAGACAGCCUCGUGCAGAGAAGUACUUUAGGGCAAGUCUACACUACAAAAUUAAGUCAACCUAAGUUAUGUCGACGUACAGCCAUCAUGGUAAUUGAAUCUGUUUUCAUGUCCACAUUACGCUCAUUGUGUCGGCAGUGCACAUCCUCACCUGGAGUGCUUGCACCAAUUUAACUGCCAGCAUGGGACACAAUGGUCCGAAGAAGUGAGGUUUUUACUCACGAAAGCUUAUGCCCAAAUAAAUCUGUUAGUCUUUAAGGUGCCACCAGACUCCUUGUUGUUUUUGUAGAUACAGACUAACACGGCUACCCCCUGAUACUUGACAGUAUGGGACACAGUGGGACAGUUCCUGACAGGCAGUAACAGUCAAUGUAAGCAACACAAUGUCUACAAUGACACUGCAUCAACCUAACUACAUUGACUUAAGCACUACACCUCUCGCGGAAGUGGAGUUAUUAAUUUGAUGUAGUGGGCGAGUUACAGCGGUGCGAACUACAUUGUAGUAUAGAUGCUUAUAGAGUUAGGUCAAUGUAAGCUGCCUCUGUAGUGUAGACCAGGCCUCAGCGUAUUAGAAGUUGAAUUGUUAAGGUAUGCUACUGAGCCAAACUUAUCCCUAUAUGCUGUUUAAAAAUCAAACUUUGGUGAGAUCAAAUACACAAUGUAGUUGAUAAAAUUACAUCAGAAAUGUAAGAUCUAAGCAAUUUUUUUUUUAUAAUCCUUAUCAAAUCAGUGCAAACAACUUAAAAUGUGAAACCAUUUCUUUGAACAAGAUGGUUGAGUGAUUUGGCUAUUCUGCAAUAAAGGAGUUGGGAAAAGGUUCAA